AUGCCUCCCAUCCAAAUCCACAGCGAAAGCCCAAUCAACGCCUCCAAGGCUUCGGGACCGACUCCGCAGACCGAGGCGGCACAGGCCAACAACGCCAGCGCCGACAACGCCAACGGCAUCUCCAAUAACGCUGCUGGACUAUCCCAAGGUCAAGUCGGCGCAACCCCAUCAUCCACCCGCCAGCAGCCAUACCCGCCGGCACAGCCUGGUGCCGCCCCAUCUCUCCCUGUUCAGACAGCGUCGGCGCAAGCAUAUCCCAUCCCGCGGCCAACUCCAACUACCACCACGGAUGAUGUCAACCAUCCGCCGCCGCCCCAGCCAGGUGCAGUUCCUGUCCCCGUGGCAGCCAACAAGUCGACCCUGCCUCCGCCUCCGAAGGCGGGCGAGGCCUACCAACCUCCAGCCCCGACGCCCGCAACUCAGGCCACCGUUCCUUACCCUCCUCAGAUGGCCAUUCCUCCUCCAACCAUGUCUGCCCAGCGAGGGUCUUCCACGUCUACCACCGCUGCUAAUGGACCUCAGAUGACUGGUCCGCAACCCAUCCCGCUAGGAGUCGAUCCUGCUUCUAGCCUUGAACACCCGCCAGGAUACCAGCAAAACGUUGGUGCGUCUGAAUUCUCCAGCCACCAGCGAGCUGCUCACAAUGCCGCGGUAGCAUCGGCGGCGGAGAGAGGUUCCCUCGCCCAGUCGGACGAAGGUGUCUGGGACACGGCAAAGAAGUGGGCUGCUGCUGCUGGCGGUUCACUGGCCGCAGCGGAGCAAGAGGUUUGGCGAAGAAUCAAUAAAGACUAG